AAUCAAGUGUCACUAAAUUGUCAACUUCCAGCAACAAAUAGGUGGGGAGAAAAUCGAGAAAAUUCAAAUAAAAACCCAAAUUUAAGAUCAGGAUUGAUGAGGCCGGGAGAAGUUGAGCCCCAUGCUAACCGAGCGGCGGACCGGCGGACCGGAGUGGAGAGGCGAGACGAGGAGGGGAGGAGGCAGUGGUCGCCAGUCCCCAGCUAAUUGGUUUCUGAAGGUGGAGGCGAGGAGGCGGUGUUCCCACAAUGCGGGAGAUAGUUACCCUGCAGAUCGGCGGGGCCGGCAACGCAAUAGGCGACUCGUUCUGGCACGUCAUCUCGCAUGAGCACGGCGUGGACUACGCCUCGGGCCGCUUCGGGGGCACCAGUCCGCUGCAGCUGGAGCGGAUCAACGUCUUCUUCAACGCGACGGCCAGCAAGCGCUUCUACGCGCGGGCCAUCCUGGUGGACACGGAGGCCAGCACGGUGCAGCGCCUGAACGCCAGCAGCCAGCUCUACCGUCCGGAGAACUUCGUGGCCGGGGCGGAGAGUGCGGGCAACAACUUCGCGAGGGGCUACCACACGGACGGGGCCGAGAUCCUGGACCAGGUGCUCGAGAGCACGCGGCGCGAGGUGGAGGCGGUGGACUCGCUGCAGGGCUUCCAGCUGCUCCACUCCAUCGGCGGCGGCACCGGCUCCGGACUCACCGCCCUGGUGAUGGAGGCCCUGGUGGAGCAGUACCCGGACAACCUGCUGUGCAACUACGUGACCAUCCCCUCGCCCAACAUGUCCCAGGUGGUCGUGGAGCCCUACAACGCGCUCCUCAGCGCCCCCGCCCUGGUGAACAACUCGCACCUGACCUUCUGCCUGGACAACGAGGCGCUGUUCCAGAUCUGCAACCGAAACCUGCGCAUCCGCACCUCCGGCUACGAGCACAUCAACCACAUCGUGGCCCUGUCCAUGUCGGGCAUCACCACCUGCCUGCGGUUCCCGGGGCAGCUGAACGCCGGCCUGCGCAAGAUCUACGUGAACAUGGUGCCCUUCCCGCGGCUGCACUUCCUCAUCCCGGGCUUCGCGCCGCUGGUCACCUGCAAGCAGCAGCAGUUCAGCAAGGGCACCGUCUCCGAGCUCGUCCAGCAGAUCUUCUCCAGCAACAACCUGCUGUGCGCCGUCGACCUGCGACGGGGCAAGCUCCUCACCGCCGCCGGAAUCUUCCGGGGCCGGAUGUCGCCGCGGGAGGUGGACCAGCUGAUGACCGGGGUGAGGAACAAGAACAUCAGCAACUUCGUCGACUGGAUACCGAACAACAUCAAGACGGCCAUCUGCGACAUUCCGCCGCGCGGCCUCAAGAUGUCCGCCACGUUCAUCGGGAACACCACGGCGAUCCAGUCGCUCUUCCAGCGGCUGCUCGACGGCUCCAUGGCGAUGCUGAAGCGCAAGGCCCACCUGCACUGGUACACCGGCGAGGGCAUGGAGGAGCAGGAGUUCCAGGACGCCCAGCAGGAGCUGCAGGCCAUCAUCGACGACUAUCGCAGCAGUGCCGACGGCGAGGAUGGUGGCGGAGGAGGCGGAGGAGCAGGAGGAUCGGGAUCCGGAGGAGGCGGCGGCGAGGACAGCGGCGACGAGGGUCAGGCCGCCGGUCCCCAGUGUCCCUAUUGCACCGACUAGCCCCCCGAUAUCGGAUAUCGGAUGUAUCCGGAUGGCCAAGCGAUGGCCCACCAUCACACCGAAAUUCAAAAACCAAAUUCAAAAGUUUCCCCAGUUGUCGUCGCGUGUUUUGGAUUUGGAUUUGGACUCAUGCAUACGUACGUUGGUUUACCGCGCAUCUCACGGUGUUCCGAACACAUUAUAUAUUUCGAGUACAAAAAUAUAGAUUUUAGUAAAUAUUAA